UUCUUUCAAGCAGUCCAACUCUCGAUUUCAACAACAAAAACGUGAAAAAUAUUCAAACAGCAAAAGCCGCCAUCUAGUGACUCCCAAUGAGUCCCGACUUCUCCCGAAACACAAUAAUCGCAGUGUUCGACUUGUUCAGGAUUUAAAUUCCUGUGAAUUCCAAUUGUUACGUUAUUUGUUUAUUUACUUGAAUAUGUUGAACGAAAGUGAGAGACUGACGGGUGGUACACAGCAAAAUGGCGUCGUACAGCCUCUCCUCACGGAUCUUUAUCAGAUUACUAUGGCGUAUGCUUACUGGAAAGGCGGUAAAAUGGAUGAUUUUACGACUUUUGAUUUAUUCUUUCGAAAAAAUCCCUUCAGGGGAGAGUUUACUAUCUUCGCGGGUCUGGGGGAAUGCCUGAAGUUCAUGGAAAAGUUCCGGUAUUCAGACAGUGAUAUUGAGUACUUGAAAACAACGAUGCCAGAGUCUGUUGAGCCCGAGUUUUUUGAGUACCUGAAAGAUCUAACACCAGUGGAUGUUACGAUUUAUGCUAUUGAAGAAGGUUCUGUUGUUUUUCCUAGAGUGCCAUUAAUGAAGGUGGAGGGUCCCUUAAUAAUGGUCCAAUUACUGGAAACAACUCUAUUGACUCUGGUAAAUUACGCAAGUCUGAUGGCAACGAAUGCAGCUAGAUAUCGCAUGGUAGCUGGUAAUAACGUAUCACUUCUUGAAUUCGGUCUACGUCGUGCACAAGGUCCUGACGGUGGCCUAAGCGCCUCAAGGUACAGCUACAUAGGUGGGUUUGAUGGAACCAGUAAUAUCCUUGCUGGUAAACUUUUCGAUAUCCCAGUGCGAGGAACUCACGCUCAUGCCUAUAUCAACUCUUUCGCCGGAAUCGACGAAUUGAAGCUCAGAACACUGAGACACAAGGAGACAGGGGAGGAAUUCAAUCUCCUUGACCUUGCGUGCCAGUAUCGUGAGGCAAUAGCUUCUGAUCUCGAUGCACUUGUAAUGGAAGCAUCUGACAGUGAACUUGCCGCACUCGUAAGCUUUGCCAUUGCCUUUCCCGAUGGUUUCAUGGCACUCGUCGAUACUUACGAUGUCAAAAGCAUAAAGUCAUCGAUCGAGCGGCAGAUGCGCGUAAGCAGCUCAAAACUUAAUUCUAAUGAUAAUAAAACCGAGUUCGAGGUCGGUAAUGACGGAUAUAACUUGAAUAAUCAGACGAUUAAGUCAGAACCCCACAAGAAUGGCUUUAAUGCCAAUCAACGAGACUGGUCCCGCAAGAGCCUCACAAGAACACCAUCACACAACAGUGACUUUUUAAAACCAGGCGAAUUGGGCGAGCUCUGUGUGAGGAAGAGACAAUAAUCAGUUUGAAUGAGCAGAAUCAUCAGAUCGAUUGCUUCGGGGUGGGAACUCACUUGGUCACAUGCCAGAGACAACCUGCUCUUGGUUGUGUGUACAAAAUGGUGGAAAUUAAUGAUCAACCGAGAAUUAAACUUAGUCAGGAAGUGGAUAAGGUCACAAUACCAGGGAGAAAGAAUGCUUAUAGACUCUAUGGAGCUGAUGGACAUGCGUUGAUCGAUCUUUUGCAAAGAUCCACUGAGCCUGCACCUCAGGUUGGGAGCAGAGUCCUGUGCAGGCAUCCUUUUCAGGAAUCCAAGAGGGCCUAUGUCAUUCCUACCAGAGUUGAGACUUUACACAGGAUAUACUGGAAGAAUGGAAAAGUCGUCCUUCCAAUCCCCACUCUCCAAAAGGCAAGGAGUCGUGUACAAGAAUCACUGAAAACUUUGAGAACUGAUAUCAAACGCAGUCUAAAUCCGACCCCGUACAAGGUGGCAGUCAGUGAUGAUUUAUACACCUACAUCCAUGAUCUGUGGGUUCAGAAUGCCCCGAUUGGUGAACUGUCAUGAAAGAGUUGUCGAAUUGAAGCAGUCGAAUACUUCAAACCCACGAUUUUUGUAAAAAUUGGAGUAAAAUAUCGACACGAGUAAGAAUAUUCGAUUACAUAAAUAUCUCCAAUAAUUAUUUGUGCUCCAUUUUUAUGGGUAAUUUUGGUAUUUCAAGAGCCAAAAGUUGUAUUGUAGCCUCCGAAAUGGAAAAACUAGUGGAGGAAGUACAAAAUGUAUGUGAAAAUUAGAAACGAAACUUCGAUAAUCACGUGAUUUCUAAAUGCAUAAUCAAUGUAAAUCAAAUUUUUCUGAGAGAAAUCAUUUUCCGACCUAAAACGAUAUUUUGAGAUAGUAGCUGCCUAUACAUAUGCACAGAAUGAAUAAUAGAAUACAAUUGGAUAAUGCGAGAAUCGUUACAAUAUGAUUAAUCAGACUAGAGGUUAACCUGGAUUGGACACAGAUUUUUCAAUCUAGAGGCUUUAUCGAGUUUCCCUCAACAGGGACAUACAUUUUGUUAAUCAAGAGAGGAAUUGCUGAUUAUGUAGCCAAGUGGUAUGAGGAGAAAAAACUAUGACUUCAACGAAGUCUACAGAAAUACUUUUGCUUCUGAAGUGAUUCUCAGAGUUGAUUUAUGGUCGCUUGAAAAUAUUGCAUAAAAAAUAUGAUGCAGGUCUUCUUUUUAUUAUUUCUUUUCCAUUACCACUUCGCUACUCAAUUCGCAUAUUUCAGUCACAAAUAUAUUCAUACUGCAUAUGUAGAUAAUUGUAUUAUCAGCACCAAUUCAUAAAAAAUUUACGGUACAAAAACUAGAAAAAGUGAACCAAUGGAUUAUUUCCUUCUUCA